AUGUCGUCUUCCGAGAGCCGUACAUCCCCGUUCGCGGUUUCGGGUGCAUCGACGGAAGCGGCCGAGAAGUGCGCCGCCAGCCUUCCUGAGGAGGUAUGGCUGAAAUUCAGAAACUCGGAGCCAGAAGAUAUAAUCUACGACAUGGAGAGAAUGAAGGGUACUUACCAUCAGACCGAGGAAUUAAUCUGCUUCAUACGAAGAGUACAACUCGUCACCGAACCGGUAGAGUGGUUCUCCUCUCAAGGCCUGUCUCCGCGAACGGUGAAAUCCUCUUCGCCAAUCUGGGGCCUCGUUCGACUCGCCUUGGAUACUGCGGGAGCUCCCGGAGAUCGGCGAAUAAAGAGAGAAGCGAGACUGGCAAACAUGAUCGAGUCGGAGGAUCCAAAUCCGGAGGCAAGCUGGGAGCGGCGCGUGUCGGAGGAAUACCUGAAUACGGCAGGGAAAAUGAACAACACAAUGGCCCCCUUUCAGCAGCGACACGACCUGGCCCUCCGGCACAUCGGGAACUGGCUAGGCGUCCAGGACUGCGAUACCGACAUUGACCGUUUCCGCCUCCAGCCCCACACGACCGACUGGGUCCUUCAACAUCCCGAGGUCGUGCGGUGGAAGAGGGAGCGAAAGACCCAACUGCUGUGGAUCAGCGGGCCUCCCGGCUGCGGGAAAACGCACGCGUACGUCAAGUUGCUGCGGAACAUGAGCGGCGACGGCGAGGACGCCAUGCGCUUCUUCUUCGACCGCAGCGACAACUCGCGCACCCUCACCGAUGCCCUUCUCCGUACCUGGAUCUACCAACUGGUUGCCAUGUCCUGUUCCCACUCUUCCCAGGCCAUGCGCCUCGCCUGGGCACGCCAGCGUAUCGGGGCAACGCGGGUCGCCACCAAAGAGCAGGUGCGGGACUUGUUCACCUCGCUACUAAAAGUGGUGGUAGUGUGCUGCUUCACGGCCGACGGCAUCGACGAGUGUGCCGACCGAGUUGAGCUACGUAAGAUCCUGGACAUCAUCCCCGCCACGGCGUCUCUCACCAUGACGCCGGACCUCUUUGGCAAAAGUCUGGGGCGCUACAUCCGGGAUCAGCUCAAUGACCUUCCCGGGGAUCGUUCCGCCGAGCAGCUAGGGUGUAUUCAAGGCUGUUUGGAAGGCCCCCAUGCAACGUUUCUUGGGGUGCGUCUCGCGAUGCAGCGGCUGAGACGGUCCAAUGCUGAGGAAGAUACCGUCGUCGAAAUGGUCAAAAACCUCUCGGAUGACGUCAAUGAUAUAUACGAUGAAAUACUUGCUGAAGUUGACGCCUCCCCACACGGUGCCCAACAGAUGGCUUAUGCUGUUUUCUUCUGGAUACUCUCGGCCCGUCGCUUGCUCACACUCGAUGAACUUCUCAGUCUCCUCGCCGUUAGACUAUCAGGCUCCGCUGGUGAGGACGAGGACAACGACGAAAGCGCGUACUACGUGCCUAUACACUCCGAAAAUCCGCAAGAGCUUAUCGAAUCAAUCACGGGAGGGUUGGUUGUAUGUGGCGACCAAAGACAAGCCGUUUGCUUCACCCACUCCACGGCCGCGGAGCGGUUGAACAAGCAGCGGGUGCUGUCCAUGGCAGCAGAGUACCAUGAAGCCCCGCCUCUGUUCCCUCACGAUUCCAUCGCCACGGCCGUUUGCAUGCGUUACCUUUCCUUGAAUAUCCUCGCUACCGAGGCGUCACCGACCGGAUCCGGCCUGGAAUUGACCGAUGUCGUACGCCUAUCCUCUCCGGCGAGCGGUGUUCUCGGUGCGCUCGUGUACGCAGCCGGGCACUGGUUCUUGCACGCGCGGAAGGCCGGGGACAUGGACGCAACGACCCUCCGGAUCGGCGCAAGGUUUCUCGAUGGAGGCCGACCCAAUAUGGAGCUGAGCUGGCGAGUGUACUGGUUUGCCCACGGCGGCAUCCACCCGGGCGCGCAACUACCCAGGGGAUUCUCCAGCCUCCACGUGACGACGUAUUUUGACUUGUACGCCUUGUUCCUCCAUCUUCUUCCCGACGUUCCCGCUACGUCGGUCGACUCCAACGGCGCGUCCGUUGUGUGGUGGGCGGCGUCCCUAGGCCGCGACCAGUUCGUUGAGCAGCUCCUGGAGCACGGCGCCGACCCGCAGCAGCCGGACGCCGCCGUGGCGGCGGGGCACCGCAGUAGUUUCGCCGACAUCUGGGAGCCUCCCCAGGCGCAAAUGACGGUAGACCCGCCCCGCGCGUGGGAUGACAUUCGUAAUGAUCGCACAGACCGCGGCCGCACGGUAGUGCACCUGGCCGCCCUCCACAGAGGACGCAGCGGCACGCUAUCGGACCUGAUCCAGGUGGGGAACUGCGACUCAAACAGGUUGCCAAUAGUCGACCGGGUGGACAACGCGGGCCAGACGGCCCUCCACCUAGCGGCCUGUCAUGAUUGGGAGGUGAUGGUUAGGCAUCUCCAGCUGCUCGGAGCCGACGGGGCCAUCCAGGACGCCGCGGGCAAGAACGCAUAUCAUAGGGCCACCGAGGGAGGCUGUACUCGAGCGGCCGCAGCGCUGGCGGAGCGAUCGGCACUAGACCGGCUUCUCGGCCGUUACGAAUCCACUAUCAACGGGCAAAGGCGGGCGCUCGGGAUGGAGAGGGCCUGGAACUUAAAACUCCGCAUGUUCAAGGUUCCGGGGAGCGCCAAGGCCGCCGCGGGCGAGGUCCAGGACGAGUACGAGGACCACGCGGACUUUUGCGGAGGAUUGAAGAGAGAUCGAGGAUGCCCGGCAAGGGGUCGAGGACGGGGACAUUCACCCCUAGCCACGGACUCGAGCGGCCGGACGAUCUUGCACCACAGCAUCAUCAUGCAAGAGGACGACUUAAUGUCAGCGAUGCUGAACUCGUUGGCCAUAGAAGAGAAGGAGUUUCGCGCCCUGCUCGGCGCGCAGGACGACCGCGGCUGGACGGCCCUCCACUACGCGGCCUUGGGGCAGUCUCCCGACGUCAUUGAAACACUAGUGUCCGCCGGCGCCCCCACGGACACCCGCGGUAUCAAGACGAGACGGCGCGCGGGGGAGCUGGCUCAGAGGGACCGUUUCGGCCGGGUUCCCGCCUUCAGGGCCGCCGAAGCGCGCCGCUGGGAUGUCCUCCAAAUCCUGUGCCCCGAAACAAAACUAGCCCCGCGCGACAUCCUCAGUAUAGUGGGCGUGUUAGCCACGAGUAAAUGUACGGCGCCAGAUCUCUUCCCGAUGCUGCUCGAGCGGCUGCCUCCGUUCUGCCUCGCCCACGCGGGGAUGCACGCUCACGGACUAGCGCAGCUGCUCCUCGUCGGCAACGCCACGAUCAACGGCGGCUCCGCGAUGACAGAAGCCUCGCCCCUGCUGGUGGCCCUGGAGGCCGGCGACUGGGGCGUGGCGACGUUUCUCGUGCGGUGCGGGGCCGACGUGAACUGGCCUCGCGACCGCCGUCCCAUUCUCGCGGCCGUCAAGCACGGCGGGCCAGAGUGUGUCGAGAUGCUGCUUCGGCACGGCGCCAAGGCCCACCAUGUUUUUCGCGACUCGGUGCCCGCGCCCAAGAUGUUGCUCCCGGACGACGGACGAGGGGAUGGCUCUAGUUGUCCCGCCGAGUCGAAACACAUCGUCCGCGUCCUAACGAAAUAUGGCGCACCCAUCUUUAGGGGUCCCUUCCCCCGGGGUGGACUGCAGCUCCUAGUGGCCCCAGACAACCACGGUAAUGCCCCCAUUCACGUCGCCAUCUUGGCGGGCGACGUGGAGGCCGUGCAGAUGGAGCUAGAUGCUGGCGUGCCAGUCGACUGGGCAUCCUUCGGUUUCGGGAAGAAAACCCCCUUGAGGCUCGCGGUGGAGCGCGAUGACAUGGGCGUGACCGCCCUGCUGCUGAGAUACGGCGCUAAUCCAGGGGAGCUUCUUGAUCGCGAGCCUGAUGAUUUUAUGGAUCCACUGAGCCAAGAGAUGAGGGAAUUGCUAGAGCGCAGCCGUACCCCGAGGGAAUUGUUGUAA